GGCGUUUUUGAAUCCACACACACAUCAGUCAGUCUGUAACGUUAUCCUGUUUGAUCAAGGGUGGUGUUUUUUUGGGGUGUGUGUGUUCAGCUCCGCCUCAACACACGGAGCAGCAGGCGGUUCAGCUGGAGCAAAACAACCGUCGUAGACUUGAACGUGUUUUUUUCCGUAUUCUGGUGGCUUUGGGCUUUUGUUUAUCGUUAAUUUACCGGUAAACUAGCUUAAAGUUAAAGUUAACGGUUGGCGUGUUAGCGUCAAGUUAGCUUGUGUGUGUGUGUGUGUGCGGGGUAACCAUGGUGACGCUCCGUGCUAGAGGCACAGGGGACGCGGAUCAGAACAGGCGGCAGCAGCAGCAGCAGCAGAGCCCGGUUAGAACCACCGAGUCCCCGCUGCGGGCUUCACCGGGGACCCGGACCCGGAGCACGGACCCCCGGCUGGAGGAACCCGGCCUGUCCGAUGGUUUUAACGCCGAAGACGAGGAACAGAAUCAGGCUGAUUCAGAGACGCCCGAGGACGGAGAAGAGAAACCAGCGAGAGCCGUCAUCAGGAAAUCCAAAAGGCUUCAGAACACGGCGGGCGCUGGGCCGAGGAGAAGCACCAGGCCGACCAAAGCGACCAGCAGGUAUCAGGCCUCCAACAUCUUCGACGGCAUCAGCACCCACACGUCCAGAGGAUGGAUCCUGAAGAGCAUGGACAGCGUAAAGACGAAGAGGCUGCUAAGCAACAACAAAGAAGGAAAGAUCUACUCUAAAGCGCAGAGGAGCAGAACUCCGGUGGCUCCGCAGGAAGAGCUGAGUGACAGCGAGGAUCAAAACGGUGGAGUCGCUGGCGAGGAGGACAGCAGGCAGGAAGUGGCUCCAGACGACGACAGCAGCUGCAGCACCACCAACCACAACUUUGACGCCAAACUGAGCCGAGCCUCGUCGCUGUACCAGGGACCCAGCAACGGCUUCCCGAGAGGAACGUUCAGGAUCAGCACCUCCGGUCUGAACACCACCCGCAGAGCAGCAUUCAGAUCCACUAAGAGCACGUUGUCGAUUCAGUCUGACGAGGACAACGACUCGGACGAUGACGUGCCGAACGUUGAAAAAGUCUCCAGAAGCUGUCGGCCGGAGAAUCCUCUGGGGACUCGCAGAGACAAGAUGAACGCCGUAGCGGGUCUGGCAGACAUCGAUCCCAUGGCCAUCGACCAAUCGGUGGGGUUCGACAGCAUCGGAGGUCUGUCGGGUCACAUCUCAGCUCUGAAGGAGAUGGUCGUCUUCCCGCUUCUCUACCCAGAAGUCUUUGACAACUUCCACAUCCAGCCUCCCAGAGGUUGCCUGUUUUAUGGACCUCCUGGGACGGGGAAAACGCUGGUCGCCCGGGCGCUGGCCAAUGAGUGUAGCCACGGCAACAGGAAGGUGGCCUUCUUUAUGAGGAAGGGAGCGGACUGCCUCAGCAAGUGGGUGGGCGAGUCCGAGCGGCAGCUGCGGCUGCUGUUUGAGCAGGCGUAUCAGAUGCGUCCGUCCAUCGUCUUCUUUGACGAGAUCGACGGCCUGGCUCCGGUCCGAUCCAGCAGACAGGACCAGAUACACAGCUCCAUCGUGUCGACGCUCCUGGCUCUGAUGGACGGGUUGGACAGCCGAGGCGAAGUCGUCGUCAUCGGAGCGACAAACCGCCUGGACUCCAUCGACCCGGCGCUGCGACGGCCCGGACGCUUCGACAGGGAGUUCCUCUUCGGGCUGCCUGACAGAGAGUCUCGUAAAGAGAUUCUGAAAAUCCACACCAGGCCGUGGAAACCUCGUCCGUCGGAAGAUUUCCUGGACGAGCUGGCCGAGAAAUGUGUCGGUUACUGCGGCGCUGACAUCAGGGCGGUGUGCACCGAGGCGGCGCUGUGCGCUCUGCGCCGCCGCUACCCGCAGAUCUACGCCACCUCCCAGAAGCUCCUCCUGGACGUCUCCUCCAUCGCCAUUGGCAGCUGCGACUUCGUGGCGGCCAUGAGGAAGAUGUCGCCGGCCUCGCAGCGCUCCGCUGCCUCGCCGGCCAAGCCGCUCUCGCCCGUGGUUCAGCCGCUGCUGGGCGGCGCCCUGCGGGACAUCCUGGAGGCUCUGCAGAGGCUGUUCCCGCACGCCGAGCUGGGGAUGAAGAGGAAGAGGGAGCCGGAUCUGACCUCUGGUAUCCUUGACGACGACCUGUACGGAGGAGACGAUGCCUCCAGCACAUCCAGCAUCUCCGCCCCCUCCACCUCCACGAGCAGACACUUCCUGCAUUUUGCCAGGAGUGCAGUCAAACACCCAACGUCCCACCGUCCCAGGAUGCUCCUGGCAGGGCGUCCCGGUGCCGGUCAGACCUCCCAUCUGGCUCCUGCCGUUCUGCACGCUCUGGAGCGCUUCCCCGUCCACAGUCUGGACUCGGCCGUGCUGUUUGGAGUCAGCAGCACCUCGCCGGAGGAAGCCUGCGCCCAGGUGUUCUGCGAGGCCAAGCGGACGUCUCCCAGCAUCCUCUACCUGCCCCACAUCCAGCAGUGGUGGGACACUGCCACGUCCUCGUUGAGGGCGUCCUUCCUCAGCCUGCUGGGCAGCAUCCCCUCCCUCUCCCCCAUCCUCCUCCUCGCCACCUGCAGCGUCCCCCGACAACAGCUGGACCCAGAGAUUCAGCUUCUGUUCCGGGAGGAGUACGGGGAGGUGUACACCGUCAGCGUUCCCAUGCGACUGGAGAGGACCGACUUCUUCCGGGACCUCAUCCUGAACCAGGCGGCCGAGCCUCCGCCCUCCACCAAAAGAGCACUGACUCAGGCCAUGGAGAUCCUUCCCCUGGCUCCGCUGCCUCCCCCCCGCCAGCUGCCGGAGCAGGACCGCCUCCAUCUGGAGGAGCAGGAGGAGGACGUGCUGCGGGAGCUCCGCCUCUUCCUGCGCAACGUCACCGAGCGUCUGAGUCUGGACCGCCGCUUCAAGGCCUUCACCAAACCGGUCGACAUCGAGGAGGUCCCGGACUACAUGUUGGUGAUCAGGAAGCCCAUGGACUUGUCCACGCUGCUGACCAACAUCGACGAGCAGAAGUACGUCACCGUCGGCGAGUUCGUGUCGGACGCCGACCUCAUCUGGCAGAACGCCCUCGAGUACAACCCGGACAGCGACCCCAUGGACCGUCACAUCCGUCACCGUGCGUGCGCCCUGAAGGACACGGUGCGCGCCAUCAUCCGAGACGAGCUGGACGAAGACUUUGAGAGAGUCUGCGAGGAAGUCAAGGAGUCGCGCAUCAAGAGAGCGUCUCUCUGCGGGCCGCAGGGCGGCUCGGAGGAGGCCGACGGCAUCUGCAGCUCGACCAGAAACAGCCCUGGACCUCGGAAGAAGAAACGCCCCAAACUGCCGAGAAAAUCAAAGUGGAGCACCGGCGUCAUCAAGACAACCAAGAAAAAGAAGCCGCCGGCGCCUGCCUCGCCUCCCUCUCCGCCUCCCGCCUCGCCUCCCUCUCCGCCCACGUCCAGUGGGGGCUGCUCUGAGUCGGGCGCGGGGGAAACGAGAGCGCCGGACGGCGGCUUCGCUCACCCGAGCUCAUCCGCCGCGUCAGAGAGCAGCGACGACGGGGAGCACCCGAACGCCGCCGCGAACCGGUUCCACCGCGACUUGAACGGCGUCUCAGAUAUCCAGGACGGAGUCCUCGUCAACGGCUGCCGCCGAACUCCCCCGAACCUGAACGCGACGGCAAACGGGGUUUGUUUUAGAAGAACAGGUCGGUAUGUUCACAGGACGCCUCUGAGCCGCGGCGUUGGCAGUGUGAGUGACUCUGCGGAUGGAAAGUAAAAGUGUGCAAAACAGGCUCAGU